UUUAUUCUCCUGCUAUUUGCUUUAUUUUACCAAGUUAGCAGUAGACUCUAUCUCCUAAAACCUAGUGAACAAAUGGAUUCCAACAUGGAAAACACCUGGCCGGUGUUAAAUUUAAAAAUUUUAUGCUUUGGAAGAGAAAUUUUAGCAAGAACAUUUUUACAUGGAGUUAUACAUACUAGUAAGAAGUCACAGAAAACAAGGGGAAUGAGCAGUUUUUACCUAUUUUUACACCUGUGUCUCAUUCUUUCUAAUGACGUGGAGCUUAACCCUGGGCCCAUUCACCAAGGCAGUAAUCCCCUACCUGGCAGUACUAGUGUCACACCUGGAACAUACUUACCUGUUGGUACGGGAAUGAACUGUGUUCAAUGUACUCUACCUGUAUAUCAACUGGACUCUGUUACCUGUGUCAGUUGUCCAGCAUUGUUUCAUUCUGCCUGUGUGACUACAAAUCAACCACAGGUAAACCUGGAAUGGAUUUGUGAUGGCUGUGUGGAUCAUUUUUCCACAUUUUAUGACUUUUACCAGGCAUCAGAUACUUUUAUCCAAGAUCUCCCCAAGGGCUUGACAUUUGGGCAUCUUAAUGUAAGGGGUCUCCUUAACAAAGUUGACCACCUUAGGAUUUUACUUAGGAACCAUACCUUUGAUAUAUUUACUGUGUCAGAAAGUCAUCUUGACAACACCAUAGACGAUUCUGACAUAUUGAUCAAAGGAUAUAACUUAUUUCGCAAGGAUAGAAAUAGGCAUGGUGGUGGCGUUGCCACAUACAUUCGUGACAACAUUUCUGCAAGUGAGGAUAGUGUUGACCUUACUGGAACCUUAGAACUGCUUUCUAUAAAAAUUCAACAGAAAAAUUCAUCACCAAUUAUAUGUGUAAAUGUCUACAGACCACCAAAUGAACGAGUAGACUGGUUUGAUCAUUUUGAUUCAGUUAUUGACAGACUAUCAACCGAAAAUAAAAACAUUAUUGUUUUAGGAGAUUUUAACAUUGAUCAGCAGAAAUCUCCCAGGCUGAAAGAUCUUAUGUUGCUUUACAACUUAAAUCAGCAAAUUACUGUUCCUACAAGGGAAUGUAAGGAUUCAAAAACUCUUAUAGAUCACAUAUACACAGCUGAUUCAUUUGGAUGUGUAGAGUCUGGAGUUAUUCCCCUUGGAAUCAGUGACCAUCAUCUGGUUUAUACUAUUAGAAAAACCAGAGGAUUUGCUCCCAAGGCUCACACGACUAUUAAAUACAGAAAAUUCAAGGAUGUUAACCUCGAAAACCUAGCUGCUGAUAUGCAGCAGGUUCCAUGGAGCUCAAUUGAAGUUUUCGACGAUGUUGAUGAUGUUUGGGCUUCUUUUAAGGACCUUUUUAUGAGUGUCAUUGACAAGCACGCACCGUUUCAUGAAAAACGGGUCAAGGCACAUUCUGAAAAAUGGAUUAAUGACGAUAUAAUUAAUGAGAUGCACAAUCGUGACUAUUUGCAUGACAAAGCUAGAAAAACUAAGUCAGACUCUGAUUGGGCACUGUUCAGAGCAGGUAGAACCGAGUACUUUUAA